UAUGAAAUUAAACAUUAUGAGUAGUGAAGCAAAAGUCUUUGAAACUGGUGAAUAUUAAAAUGAUUUUGGAAUUGGAAAAUGGAAUUAUAAUUGUGAAGAUGUGAAGAUGUACAUAUUGUUAAAAUUGUUUAGUGGUGAUGGUUUAUACAAUAAAGGUGUUAAAAUUAAGGUAAAUGGAUCGAACUAGAUGAAUGUUAUUAUAGUAAUAAAAAGGUCAUUUAUAAUGACGGAUAUAAUAUAAAAGGUAGGAAGGUAGGUUUAAGGGAUAUUUUGUAUGAUAGAGACGGACAAUUAAAAUAAGUGGAAAAAUAAUAAAAUUAUAAGUGAAAUUGUAUAUAUAGUGGUGGUGGAUCAUAUAAUUAAGAAGGAAAUUAGAAAAAAGUUGGAAAUUGGGUAGAAUUAUAUGAAAGGUUUUCUAUUUAGAAAUAAGUCAGUUAUAAUGGCGAAUAUAAUUUAAAUAGUAUGAAGAUAGGUAGAUGGGAU